AUUGUGCAUUUAUAUGUUCACCCUGAAACUUCAUUUUAUUUUACAGUCACAUAGUCUUGGGAGAAAAUUAUACUGUAAAUACAGUAUUGACGUAUAAAAGAAAUGUACAGUGGAGUAGAAAAAAUGGUGGCCACUAGCGCUCCCUGGUGCCUGUGGUGUGGGUACAACAAUAACGGGACAGCAGGUUCCACCGUCAUCCCACCGGUGAAUAGAGAUGCAUGAACAAUAGCGGCUCAGAGUUGCAUGCUUUCUUUUUCUACUUCGGCUCAAUUCAUACAUUUCAUUCAAAAUAUAACGACUUUCAUUCAUCUAUUUAUUAUCCUCUCCGUGCGCCAUGGCGAUUGCCCACGUAGCAACAGAAUACGUUUUUUCGGACUUUUUGUUGAAGGAUCCCACGGAGGCAAAGUACAAAGGAAUACGACUGGAGCUGGCCGUGGACAAGAUAGUGACCUUCCUGGCCGUGGGCCUACCUUUGUUUCUCAUCUCGCUCGCUUUUGCUCAGGAAGUGUCCGUUGGAACACAAAUCAGCUGCUUUGCCCCCACUAACUUCUCCUGGAGACAAGCAGCGUAUGUGGAUUCCUUUUGCUGGGCAGCAGUACAACAACAAGCUGAUGGUUCACCACUCUGGCUUCACAAGUUCUUUCCAUAUAUCCUGCUCUCACUGGCCAUCCUUGUGUAUAUCCCUGCGCUUUUCUGGCGCUUCACUGCAGCCCCACAUCUCUCCUCGGAUCUCAACUUCAUAAUGGAGGAGCUUGACCGCUUUUAUAAUCGUGCCAUUAAACUGGCAAAGAAUUUGGCAUCCUUGGAUACUAAAGAUAAGGAUGCUUCACAGGACACACAGAGCAGUGCUCUGGAGCUGACUGAGGGUUGCUUCAAAUAUCCUUUAGUUGAGCAAUAUCUAAAGACCAAGCGCUUCUCUCACCGCCUCGUGAUCAUGUACUUGGCAUGCCGAGGCUUGACUCUGCUCAUCCUGCUGCUUGCCUGCCUCUACCUGGGAUACUACAUUCGACUGGCCUCCGUUACCGAUGAGUUUCCUUGUGACUUGCGUACAGGGGUGCUGACCAAUGACAGCAGGGUACCCUCAGCCGUCCAGUGUAAGCUUGUGGCAGUGGGCGUCUUCCGACUGCUCAGCUACAUCAACCUUGGGGUGUAUGUCCUACUCACUCCACUGGUGGCGUACGCCGCUGUCAGACCUGCACGUCAAAGUUCCAACUUCCUCCGGCCUUAUGAGAUGCUGCCGGGUUUUGGUGCUUUGGGGAUCAUCACACCCUUCUACAAUGACCUCAGCAUCUAUCUGCUGUUUCUGCAGGAGAACCUAAGUGAAUUAAAAUCCUUCAAGUGCCUGCAGGUGCUCGAGUUGUUGCAAGAAGCUGGUGAGGAAGGGUUUGACGCCAUGUGCCUACUGCGAACUCUGGGCCAGGUGAAAACAGAUGUGUUGGAUUGUAAGAAGGCAUGUCCACGAAACAAAGCUAAGGAAGUGACAUCAUAAUUCCACUGAGCGCUUUCUACCUCAUUAACCAAGUCCUGCUGUGACCAACGUUUGACCUGAUUUCGACCGGUGGUUUGGAAUGUAUCCAUCCAUCCAUUUUCUUCCGCUUAUCUGAGGUCGGGUCGCGGGGGCAGUUGCUUUAGUAGGGACGCCCAGUGCCUACUUCGAACCCUGGGCCUUUGGAAUGUCCAUCCAUCCAUCCAUUUUCUGUACUGCUUACCCUCACUAGGGUCGAGCCUAUCCCAGCUAUCUUCGGGCGAGAGGUGAGGUACACCCUGAACUGGUUGCCAGCCAAUCGCAGGGCACGUAGAAACAAACAACCAUUUGCACUCACAUUCACACCUACGAGCAAUUUAGAGUCUUCAAUCAACCUACCAUGCAUGUUUUUGGGAUGUGGGAGGAAACCGGAGUACCCGGAGAAAACCCACGCAGGCACAGGAAGAACAUGCAAACUCCACACAGGCAGGGAUUUAAAAUGGUUACUCAUUCAAUAUGUUUUUAUCUCUUAGAUGUUACUUGAUAUGAAUCCUGCAUUCUCGUGACAUUUUUUUUCAUUAGUUGCACCAAUUCCAUUAGAAGCAACCACCAAUUACAUUUGUAGUAGGAUUAUAACAUUAUAUAUCUCCUGCAGCACGGUAACCUAGUGGUUAGUCUCUGAGGUUCUAGAUUCGAAUCUUGGCUCUGGCCUUCCUGUCUGGAGUUUGCAUGUUCUCCACCUGCUUGUGUUUUUUUUUCCAGGUAUUCCGGCUUCCGCCAACAUUCCAAAAGCAUGUUAGGUUCAUCGAAUGUGAGUGUGAAUGUGAAUCAUUUGUUUAUACCAUAUGUGCCGUGCUAUUGGCUGAUGACCAGUCCAGGGUGUACCAUGUACGCCUCUCGCCCAAAAACGGCUGGGAUAUGUUCCAGCUCAUCUGUGACCCUAAUGAGGACAAGCGGUACAGAAAAUGGAUGGAUGGCUGUUUAUCUCCUGUAAGGCACAUAUAGCAGCCUUGAAAUGCUUAUCAUCAUCUGAACAUGCUGGAUAAAUUAGGUCAGUUUUCACAAGUUUCUUAGUCUUUUUUUAAGUCACUGCACACAAGUGUUGUUUACUACAAUGACACAACUGUUGUACAACACAAAAUCCGUCUUCAAGUGUCUUUUAUGUGUUCAGUCUUACUUGUUUGUUCUACAUUUGAAUAGUGAUAAAGUCAAUAUAUAAUUGUUUAAAAUAAAUAUAAGGUUUUUAAUUCUUUUAAUGGCACUCUUUGCUUUUCUUAGGUGUAUUGUAAAUGCCUUCCUAACAUUUGUGAAUGUCGGCAAUGCUUCUGUAACUAUACUCUUUGUAUUACUGUGCAUAUUGUAUACGACUUGUGUAUUUAUUUUGUAGUUAAGAGCCUACUGCAAUACAGCACUUGCCUUUU